CUCCUCUUCUCGCGGCAUCUCGAGAUCUGCGUCGUCGGCCUCAAUGCCGCGGGAAAGACGUCGCUCGUCAAUGUGCUGGCGUGCGGGCAGUUUAGCUCAGAGAUGAUCCCCACGGUUGGCUUCAACAUGCGCAAGGUGCAGGCUGGUAACACGACGAUCAAGGUGUGGGACAUUGGAGGCCAAGCGCGCUUCCGCAACAUGUGGGAGCGCUACUGUCGCGGCGUCUCGGCAAUCGUCUUCGUCGUCGAUUCUUCGAUCCCUCUUCCCUCCUCCAGCACCUCCUCUUCUGGCCCCUCCACCGGCGCCGGCAGUGCGCCAAGCGAAGGCAACGACUCGGCAGCGUGGGGUGUGGCGGCGGAGGAGCUGCACGCGCUAGUGUCGCGCCCCAUGCUCGCGGGCGUGCCGCUGCUCGUGCUGGCGACGAAGAACGACGUGCAGGGCGCGGCGAGCGCCGAGGAGGUGAUUCGUGUCAUGCGGCUAGAGCAAAUUGCGGCGCGCGAAGUCUCGUGCUACUCCAUCUCCAGCAAGCGGCAGGUCAACAUUGACGUGACGCUGCGCUGGCUGUGUGCACGCAGCCCUGCGGGGGCUCGGUAGCGCACACGGGAAAGGGAAAGGUCAAAGACGUGAUGAGAAGGGGCAAGAGCUGGUCUGCAGGCUGGCCCGGGAGGACGAGAGGCAAGGGGACAUAGUUGCUACCCAGAGGGAGCGAGGAGCCGCCGCCGCGCGGGAGGGAAGGGGGGGCAAUGGAUACCUGAC